AUGAAACCUUCAGUCUCCGUGGGCCCCCCCUCUGGCCUGCUGCUGGUCCUGAUGUGCUGCCCCCUGCUGGGCCUGGUCCAGUCUGCCAGCAGCAACAAGGCCAGCGACAACGCACACCCGCACCUGGGAGACUCCGACCCCGAGCGGUGCAUGAGGCACCACUUUGUGGAGACCAUCACACACCCGAUUUAUAAGUGCAACUCCAAGAUGGUGCUGCUGGCGCGCUGCGAGGGUCACUGCAGCCACACCACCCGCUCCGACCCGCUCAUCUCCUUCAGCUCCGUGCUCAAGCAGCCCUUCAAGAGCACCUGCUCCUGCUGCCGGCCACACACCUCCAAGCUGAAGGCGGUGAGGCUGCGCUGCGCCGGCGGGACCCGCAUCACGGCCACUUACAGAUACAUCCUCGCCUGCAACUGUGAGGAAUGCAGCUGAGCGGCGAGCGGCCCCCUCCCACACCCUCCAGACUCUCAAGACCCAGCGUUUUCCUUGGCCCCGGGCCCUUAAUCUAAAGCUAUCCAGAGCGUUUCGGUUGAUUGUUGGAUCAGAUAAUUGCCCCAGAGGACAGCAGCUCAAGAUGCUUGUUGUUAUCUUGGCAGUGACAGUUUGGAGCGAUCGUACCACCCUCACACUGGCCUGAAAACCGACCCGCAGCCCCCGGGACUCACACACCACAUACUAUACCCUCUCCACGAUGUGCAUUCAAUCACAACAAAUCAUAAGAAGCAUAUUUUCUCCAGCAGC